AUGCAUAUACAUAUAUUACGGCUUGUUUCGAAGGUUGGCGAGCAAGACAUCUUGCUGAACUUCGACUUGCUGAAGUCGUAUGUGGUGCACGUCGUGAGUUCUAAGGGCAUCCCCACUCUCAGUGACCACAAGGUAGCCUUCACGCACAUAUCUUCGACCUACAGCUUGCACCCCAACGUGCGGACGAAACGGGGUGGCAAGGCGGAGGUGAAGGAAUGGGCCCAUCUGGAGGCACUGAAGCUGAGAUCGCUCGUUGGUGCCUUGCAACGCCUCGCACGUCGCACGCUCGAUGCGAAGAUGCAUACGAAGAUGAUGAUCCUCAAGAGGCUGUUCGCCGUGCAAAUGCUGUGGAUCCGUGACGAGCCGGAACGUGCUACUGUCGACGAGUCCGAGGACAGAGGCCAUGCCCUGGUACCCGCCGAUGAAGCGGAUGCCGAGGAUGAUUCCGAGCGUGAUGCUGACGAACCCGAUGCGAUCGUUGAUUCGGGGCAUGAUUCCGAACCCGAUGCGAGCAACGAUUCGGGGCAUGAUUCCAAACCCGAUGCGGGCAACGAUUCGGGGCAUGAUUCCAAACCCGAU